AUGGAUUCGGGCCUGCCGUCAGACUCAUGCCCACCGCGAUACCCACUGCGACAAUUGUCCCAAUCAUUGUCCGAGUCCGAGCUGCCAAGUCGGCUGGACCCCAGCAUGGGGGAUGUCUGGCUGCAUGAGAACCCACAAGCUGAUUGGAAUGCCCUCGAUGAUUUCUUCUUCUGUUCCUCGGACCCAACAGACUUACAAUGGUCUCAGUUCAUGGGACUUGGUUCACCUCAAGGUUUUAUGGAAGAGACUCAAGACUAUCCGAUACAACAAACCACGGAGCACUUGGUCCAACCCGAGCCGGAGAAAAUCCCUUCGCAGAAUCUUGCGAAUGUUCCACAGUGGCUUGAUGGAGCAUACCGCCCACCCAUGCCCUGCAGCCACUGCCGUAGGCAUCGAUUGCAAUGUCUGAUCCUUCGAACAACAGAGGCUAAUCCAAACCCUGUCACUUCUUGUUCCAGCUGUGUGGCACUCUUCCGGGAAUGUAGUCUCGCCAAAGGCGAAAAACGACUCCCAUCUCGCUUCGAGACAUUUUCACCCGUACUCGGUCACCUGCAUGGCCUGCCAGAAGACGCAGAAUAUGGAAUAGCUAACCAACAGGAUGUUCUCGGCCAUGACCGCACGGUAACCCAAGGCGUUGACCCUGGGAUUGAAAAUAAAGAUGAACGCAAGGAUUCCAAACAAUUUGUCCGGAAAGGGGCCAGGGUCUUACGAGAAUGGUUUUAUCAAAACCAAGAGUACCCAUAUCCUACUGAGGUACAGAAGGAACAACUUUCGAUGGAGACUGGCUUCUCUCAGAAGCGUGUCUCGACUUGGUUUGCGAAUGCUCGUCGCAGACAAAAGCAAAAGUUUCAAUCGUCGAAACAAACUUCGAACUCACGCUCCCGCGCAGGCUCUCCGAUGGUCACCAGCACGUUGAGCUCAAUGACGCCCAUGGAACGCUGGAAAGCAUCUCCACCCGAAGACGAGCCCGUUUUGGAAUCGGCUAUUCAAGACGCUAUCGCUUCGGGCGUGGCGGAUCCUGGCCCUGCAUCUGACCCGUUCCAUUUCGAUAGAUCUGCAACAGAUCUUUUCAACCUUGAUGAGACAUCUUCACAUCUGGCCUCCUCUGCUUCUAGCUUUGAGAGCAGAGCCUCUGAGACUUCCGACAGUAUUUCCUCGGCCUGGAGCCAUCAAUCUGGAGAAGGAAAUAUGCCCUUCCCGCUGCUUCCCAAGACUCCAAGCAGUAGACGACAACGGGGAAGGCGAUUUUCGGAAGUUGAAUGUCAAUACCAGUGCACAUUCUGCACCUCAUCCUUUCGGAAGCGACAUGAUUGGGCUCGGCACGAGAAAAGUGUACACCUUCAACUCGACUCGUGGAUCUGCACGCUGAAUGUCGAUGAACUUUACCAACAAUAUAGUACUUCAGUAGACAACUGCUACUUCUGCGAUGCUCCCUACCCAUCACCCGCCCAUUGGGAUGAACAUGAAUUUCACAUCUGUGCUGGAAAGCCAAUUGCGGAAAGAUCCUUCAGUCGAAAGGAUUAUUUAUGGCAGCAUCUCCGCAAAUUCCACGCUUGUACUAAGCUUCCUGCCUCAGAUCUGGAUGUUUGGCGGGGUUCUAAUGGCGACGUUGGAAGCCGUUGCGGGUUUUGCAAUCAAAAUCUUCCUGAUUGGGCUUCCCGAGCCGAACACCUCGCGGCACAUUUCAAAGGGGGAGCCCGUAUGGAACAAUGGCAGGGUAAUUGGGGACUAGAUUCGUCGGCCAUGAAAAUGUUGAGAAACGCUGUUCUUCCAUCACGGCGAUCUUUAGUGUCGGGAUCUACAUAA